AUGGCAGAAGGUCUACUUAAACCACCAACAGAGUUAAAUGUGACUGAAGGUAAUCUUAGAGCUCAGGCUGAAAAAUGUAAUUUUAAAGAAAAGGAUAGAAUGAUUAGAGACAAGAUUAUAUUCGCCGUGGAGAAAAGAUUGCAGGAGAGAUUACUGAAUCACGAUGAUCUUACCUUGAAGAAGUGCAUAGAGAUAUGCCAAACCUACGAGCAAACUGCAAAAGAAUUGGCAGAGAUAAAUAAGGAAACUGUUGUGAAGAUAGAUAAGAUAGAACAGAAGAAAAAUGACAACAGAAACAACCUAAUAGAUUGCUGGUUUUGUGGAGGCAGACAUGCAGUGAACAGAACAGCAUGCCCAGCUUGGGGAAAAAAUUGCAAUAAAUGCAAAGGCAAAAAUCAUUUUGCAGUUAAGUGUAAGACUAAGAAUAAAAUACAUAUGCAUAAUGCAAUGGAUGAAUUUGACCAAGAGGAACAAUUAAACUCAAUUAAUGUGUUAAACAUAAAUAGGGACAGAAUGACAGCACUAUUCAUGAUAAAUAGUCAACAAACAAGAUUUCAACUGGACACAGGAGCAGAUGUCAACAUUAUAUGUAAGAAAUAUGUUAAAAAGACACAAAUUAAGAAGAGUGUUCAAACAUUAACAAUGUGGAAUAAUUCCAAAUUAAAAACCGAGGGCACUGCUAACUUAAUAAUAACAAAUCCUAAAAACAAAAAGAACUAUUUGGUAACAUUCACAGUUGUAGAGAACCACUAUCAAUGCUUAUUAGGCCGUAAAACAUGCCAAAGUUUAAGUCUGAUCACAUUAAAUGAAGAUAGAUUCAUAUCACAAGUAAACACAAUGGAUUGUCAUCUGGGAGAUUUAGGUGAAACAUCAUUAACUAUCAAUGAGAACAUAGCUCCGGUGGUAUCACCUUGUCAUAAUAUACCAUUUGCAUUUCAAAAGAAAGUGGAAGCAGAAAUAGAGACAUUAGUGAAAAGGAAAAUAUUAAUUCCUGUAAAUGAACCAACAGAUUGGGUCAGCCAGAUGGCUGUGGUUCAAAAGCCAAAUGGGGAUUUAAGGAUCUGCAUUGAACCAAGACAUCUAAACACUGCUUUAAAAAGAGAACAUUUUAAGUUACCAACUUUGGAAGCUGUAAUGCCACAGUUCCUAAAUGCUAAAAUAUUUUCUAAAUUGGACGUAAAGGAGGCUUACUGGCAUGUACGUCUAGAUGAAAAGUCUAGUCUACUAACAACCAUGAUCACACCAUAUGGGCAGUACAGAUGGUCAAGACUUCCUUUUGGACUAAGUGUAAGUGGAGAAAUAUUCCAGAAGAAGUUAACAGAAGCAUUGUUAGGAUUAGAAGGAUGCAUUAAUGUGGCUGAUGAUAUCGUGAUUGUGGGAUGUGCCGAAGUGUCUCAACCAUUAAGAGAACUAACAAAGAAAGAUUGCAAUUUUAGAUGGACUGAAAAAUGUGAAGAGGCAUUCAACAAGAUAAAAACAAUGAUUACCAAUACUCCAGUUUUUAUAUUCUACAACCCUGACAAGAAACUGGAAAUACAAGUGGACAGUAGUCAACAUGGACUUGGAGCUGUACUAAUGCAAGAAGGACAACCAAUAGAAUUUGCCUCUAGAGCAUUGACACCAACUGAAAACAAUGGGCUCAUUGAAAAAGAACUACUUGCCGUGGUUUUUGGGCUAGAAAGAUUUAAUCAAUAUACAUUUGGAAGACAUGUCAUAAUAAUAAAUGAUCAUAAGCCACUUGCAAACAUCUUAAGGAAGCCUCUAAACCAGGCUCCAAGAAGAUUACAAAACUUGAUGUUAAGGAGCAAACGUUAUGAUUUCUCAUUUCAGUGGGUAGAAGGAAACAGUUUACACAUUGCUAACACAUUAUCACGACUGUGCGAUCAAGAAGAGAAGCAAGAUGAACAAAUUAUGAAUGGAUGGCCUCAAAGAAAACAAGAUUUAGACAACAUGAUAAGUACAUAUUUUGAUUUUGCUGAUACUUUGGGACUUAGUAAUGGAGUAAUUUUGAAAGGAGAAAGAAUAGUCAUACCUUUCAGUAUGCGUCAAGAAAUGAAGAAAAUCCUGCACACAGCACACAUUGCAUAUGAUGGAAUGAUGAGGAGGCCCCAACAGACGAUAUUCUGGCCAGGCAUGGCUGAUGAAAUAAAGCAGAUGGCAGACAUGCACUGCUUGUCAAGAAAGAAAACCUAUGAACCAGAGAGAAACACUUAUACAACAUGA